UCUUAAGACUUCUCAGACUCCAUGUAGCUCUUGCUUCAUCAGCUGAUGCUCCAGCCCAGUACAAAGCCUAGAGGGCCAGACGAGGGACAAGGACCAAAGAAUCGGACCUGACAAGUAUAGAACAUAAACCCCAUAAGGAACGUCUGGUUAAGAGAAGCAAGCACCCCAAAGGACCGUGAAAAGAAGUAGACCUUAGUAGAUCAUGUUUGCAUUGAAGAGGUUUGUGGUGACUCUGCUGACCCUAGGGAUUUGGGUUCAUCCAACGCUUGAACGGACACUGGAGCCAUCACCAGAAUGCAACUCUUUUGUCGAGUCCAGGUCCUCACAUCUCCUGUACACUGGGAACAGCUCUGUGGGGAAUGUCCCCAUUCUGGAGUACAAUGUCACAGAGUUGACCAGCUUUGACUCUGAGUUUGAGCUGCGUACUCUGGACCCUGAGGGGGUGAUAUUCUUUGGGGACAUCGGCGGGCAGCAAAACUACUUCCUGCUUGCUGUGAUCCAAGGGAACCUGAGCAUCCAGACGAGCCGCGGGGAUGGACAGGUCCUCGUCACCUCCGGGCCCAAGAUCAGUGACGGGGAGUGGAAGAAGAUUGCAGUGAUGAAACAUGAGGGAGCUGUGGCUGUACGCGUUGGCUCGGAGACAGCCGUCACAGUGCAGCAGUCUGCUGAGAGCCAGAGGGCCGAGAUAGGCAACGGCAUGCUGAGAAUCUUUAUCGGAGGCCUGCUCCCAGAUAGCGGAGUUACCUUGGGGCUGAACCCUCCUCUGGAUGGCUGCAUGCGGAGCUGGGACUGGGUCAGACAGGACUCCAGCAUCCUAGAGCGGACCCUGCAGGAUUCCAAGGUGCAAAGGUGCUGGGAACAUAUUGCCCCCGGGUCCUAUUUUACUGGAGUCGGCUCUGUUGGUUUCAGCUCUCUAGCGUUGCUGGGAAACUCUUCAGCUGAGCUAGAUGGUGCAGACUGGACACUCUCUGUGGAGCUAGCUCUCAGAACGGUUUCAGCCAGAGGCUUUCUCUUUAUUCUGGUAGACACUCAGAACGACUACAUCCUCUCCUUGAAACUCAACCACCCUUCACAGGAACUGAUGCUGCAUUUGAGGGGGACUCUAUUCUGGUCGCACAGCUACCCCCAGACCCUCUGCUCAGGUGAGAGUCAGUUCCUGCAGCUGCAGGUGAGGCCAGGCCAGCUGGUGAUUGGCAUGGGCGUAACCAAGGCAACCAUGAGGUUGACGGAUGGGGACUACGAGCUCCUGAAGAGGGUGUUGAGCCAACCAGGGAGCAGGGUGUACCUGGGGGGCGGGCCAGCGGGUCUGUCCAGCUUCCACGGCUGUCUCCAGGCCAAGAUCCAGGGUGUCAACGUUGACCUUGACCUGGCAGAGGUCAAACACGGGGAUGUCCGCCCUCACAGCUGCCCUGCCGCCCUCGACAUCCGAGAUGGGAAGUAAAGGAGCCGCAGUUACACCCGACACUGCUUAUAAGACUACACAAGGCUACACUGUUUUCUGUUUGGCUAAUUGUCUGUCUCUCAACAUUUCACUGUCUCAUGUGGCUAUCUAUGUAACAAGAUGUGACACAGUACUGCAGAAACAUUGUAUUUGUAUUGAAGCAUCUCUGACAUGUGAGGGAUGUUCAUUUGAAGAACAAGAGAAGGAUUGCGUUUUCUUUGGGUAGAUUGUUUUGCAUACAUUUUUGGAAAACUUGGUAUGUCACUGCAAAACCGUAACAUGGGCUCUUUCACUUUAUUUGCUGCAUAUUGUUUCUGCAAUUUCCAGCAGAAUUCCCCUAUAAGGAGGUAAAGCUAAACAGUACAGCUGAAUUAACAUGUCCACUCUUGUUAAGUCUAUGUGAAUGGCAAUAAAGCAUUUGCUGCUUUUUAUA